CGCACGCACACGCACUGUCUCUCGCUCAAGCACAUACACACACGAGCUGCUUACUCUUCAGAAUGCCCUCGCUAGAGCCAAUCAGCUAAGCGUGCCGCCACUGUCAAAGAUUGCACACAGUUGCAGACCGCUCCCGUCGAACUGACCACUCUCUUGCAGCUUUGGUGAGUCCUCCGCUGUUUUCGGGAUGCCACAACUGACCACCAGUGCGUUUCAGGUGCUGUCACAACCUUCAGCGCGACAUUGCGUCAGUUAGAAUCGUAGGUGCGUCGUAGCCUGGUGUCCUGACAGCACUGGCGCCACACAUAAACCUACACGUGCCGUUGUGGAUGGGAUUGUGCAGUUUAAAGAGACCCUACCGGAAUUAUGUCUUCAGUGGGAUUCAGUUUCCUGCCCUUCAGUAAACCCGGUGUCGUUUCUGCGAAGGAAUUACGAUGGAGUUUAUGUUGUGAAACGGAGCCUUGCCACAGGCCGUGUGUGUGUGUGUGAGUGUUGUCUGAAUGUUGAAUGUGUGAGGGCUGAGUCGAGUGUGUGUGUGUGUCAGGCAUGGAUGAGCAGGCCCAGGUGUUGUUCGAUGCCUUCGUGCAGGCGUCCACCUGCCGGGCGACACUGUCUGCGUUUGAGCAGGUGUGCUUGUUGCUACGGCUACAGCCGGGGCCACGCCUCUACCACACGCUCCGGCCGCGACUGGACUACUGGAGGGUGCGAGGCCUGUGGACACGACUGGACAAGAGGGCCGCACACACACUCUACCAGAACGGCCACGCCUGCGCCAACACCACGUGUCUGAUCAUCGGUGCAGGGCCCUGUGGCUUGCGGACGGCCAUUGAGCUGGCGUUGCUGGGGGCUCGGGUUCUGCUGCUGGAGAAGAGGGACUCGUUCUCGCGGAACAACGUUCUCCACCUGUGGCCCUGCACCAUCCACGACCUCCGCGGCCUCGGCGCCAAGAAGUUCUACGGACAGUUCUGCGCCGGAUCCAUCGACCACAUCAGCAUCAGGCAGCUGCAGUUGAUCCUGCUGAAGGUGGCUCUGCUACUGGGGGUGGAGGUCCAUGUGAAUGUGGAGUUCAAAGAUCUGAAGGAGCCGUCAGAUGACCAGCAGACUAGGUGGAGGGCUGUUGUCAAUCCUAAGAACCAUCCCAUCAGCCAGAUUGAUAUUGAUGUGGUCAUUGGAGCUGAUGGACGCAGAAACACGUUACCUGGGUUCAGAAGGAAGGAGUUCCGUGGAAAGCUGGCCAUAGCCAUCACAGCGAACUUCAUCAACCGGCGCACGAGAGCAGAGGCCCAGGCUCAGGAGAUCAGCGGGGUGGCCUUCAUAUUCAACCAGAGCUUCUUCCAGGAGCUACGCGCACACACAGGCAUCGACCUGGAGAACAUCGUCUACUAUAAAGAUGACACACAUUAUUUCGUCAUGACAGCUAAGAAGCAGAGUCUUCUGAAGAAAGGAGUCAUCUUACGGUGAGACUACGCCGACACAGAGCAGCUGCUAUCCCGUGCAAACGUAGACCAGAAUGCCCUGCUGUUGUACGCGCGCGAGGCUGCCGACUUCUCCACCAAUCACCAGCUUCCUAUGCUGGACUUCGCCAUCAACCACUAUGGCCAGCCGGACGUGGCCAUGUUCGACUUCACGUGCAUGUACGCCUCGGAGAGCGCCGCCCUGGUGCGCCAGCGCGGAACACACACACUCCUGCUCACGCUGGUGGGAGACAGUCUACUGGAGCCUUUCUGGCCAAUGGGAACAGGGAUCGCUCGUGGCUUCAUGGCUGCCAUGGAUACAGCUUGGAUGAUCCGCAGCUGGGCGCAAGGUAGCACUCCACUGGAGGUUCUGGCUGAGAGAGAGAGUGUGUAUCGCCUGCUGCCCCAGACCACGCCUGAGAACAUCAGUAAGAACUACGGCCUGUACAGCCUGGACCCUCUCACACGAUACCCCAAUGUCAACAAGCGCCUCAUCAACCCAGCACAGGUUUUUCACCUUCUGGACACUGGGGAAGGAGGCUUUUCUUUUCCAGAGAGACUCUACUCCACACCACAGAUGACCAGACAAGAGUCUGUGGCCCGAUCCAAUGCCUUGCUGAACUGGUGCCAGGAGCAGACGCGAGGUUACCGUGGUGUCCAUGUGUGUGACCUCACUUCCUCCUGGAGGAGUGGCCUUGCCCUGUGUGCCCUCAUACACCACAACCGGCCCGACCUCAUUGACUUUGACUCGCUUGACCCACGAGACGCAGUGAGCAACGGGCAGCUGGGGUUGGACGUUGCCGAGCGCGAGUUUGGCAUCUCUCCAAUCAUGACGGGCACGGAGAUGAGCUUGCUGAAUGAGGCUGACCCCCUCAGCAUGGUGGUGUACCUGAGUCAGCUGCAGCAGCUCCUCAAGGAGGCAGCGCCAUCUGCUGAAGGGAUGUCUCAGAGUGGUACUCUCAUCUCUUCCAUGUCCCUCCUCAACAAACUGGGCCACAGUUUCUCUCGCAAGCGCAAUCCCAACCCUAAGGAUAAGAAAGAGAGGGACGAGGAGCGAGGGAAGCGGAGGAGAAGGAGCCAGGCGGGUCAGUCUGAAGAGGAGGACAUGACAAGCGAUCACCAUGGUAACCAGAGCUCCGAUGUUGCCGGUGUGAUGGACGAGAGCUUGUGGCUGAGCGCCGGGGGAAACCACAACCGAGUCCGCUCCAUGGCCACCCUGCUGCUCGCCAAGUUUGAGGAGAACGCUCCCUCCCCCUCCCCACUGACCAGCGCGCGCAGACAGAGUGGCUCACUGCCCAACCUGCCAGACCUGGAGGCUCUGUCCCCGCCCCUGAUGCUCCCAGACCCCGCCCCUCUCCAUAUGCCUCCACCAAUCCCUGCAUGGAGACAGGUAUCACAAGGCCACGCCCCUUUUUCACCCAAAACCCGAAAAGAAGCGCACUCGCAACAGCAGCUCAUGAGCAUCCGCUACAAGGAGAGACUCAAAGGGCACACGCUGCCCAGCAGGAAUGAGCAGAGGUACAUAAAGCUGUAUGCUGGUGGUGUGAGCUUAUUGGCUCAGCAGAUAAACAAUCAGCUGCAGCAUCAGGAGGAGCCUAGACCUCCUAUUGGCCCUGAGAAAAAGGAAGUGCCCCCGGGUGGUGUGUGUGCGAGCGAUGUGUGUUUCUUCUGCGGCCGGCGUGUGUACGCUCUGGAGCGGCUGAGCGCGGAGGCCAAGUUCUUCCACCGCAGCUGCUUCCAGUGCAGCCUCUGUAGCGCCACCCUCAGGCUGGCGUCCUACACCUACGAUGAGCUGCAGGGGAAAUUCUACUGCAAGCAGCACUAUGAGACACUAACUGGAAUUCACAGGAGAAAAUCGACUGCUGCAACAUUCUACUCCAUGUCUACACAGGCUACCUCAUCGAUCCCCCUCUCAGAGUCCACUCCAUCAAUAGCCGCUGCCCUCCCUCCACUCCCCUUAGUACACACACCACACACACCUCACACACACACCUCACCAGACACACAGCGACACACACACACACUCGCGCCGCCUGCCUCACACUCGCAGCCAAACACGCCUACCUCGCCUCUCCCACCCUUCCCACUUCAUAUACACACACCACACACACACACACACACCACCACCCAGCUUACCAUGCAGACGGACGCACAAUCACCACCACACACACACUCCAUCAUGGUGCCACCACACACACACUCCCUCAACAUGUCCGCCCCUCCUGCGACACACACACACACAGUGACUCUGUCCGCAGUGGACACACACACACACACACCUACAUCAGUCGUGCCUCCUCACACACACACCACACUGGAAUCUCCGGCGUCUCCCACAGUGACCACCAAAGCAGAGAGUCCAGCAGAGUGCAUUCCGGUGGACAACACCACUCCUCCACACACACACUCACACACACACAACGAUGUGCUUGCUGCGACUCACGGGCACCUCCGGCUCGAGCCCGGGACCCUGUCGCUCCCUCACACACACUCACACACACACACCCCAACCACACACUCACACACACACACCCCAACCACACCUGAGCGCAUCGAGCUGGAGUACUGCAUGCCGCCGCCAGCACCACACGCGCUCGCCCUCACACACACCCUAGGCUCCGCCCAUGUGACGCCUGAGCGCAUCGAGCUGGAGAACUACACGCCAUCGCACUCGCACACGCUCAGUCCGGCCAGCCCCCUGCUAGAGGUGCCCGAGGAGACGCUGACGCAGCACAACCUCAGCCAACGGGAGCUGAGUGGGGAGGAGCUCAGCAGCUCAGAGUCAGACUUAGAGGAACUGGAGGACCUUCAGGCCAGAGAGGAACGAGGGAAGCAGGGAGACAGACAGACAGACGAGGGGAGAGUGGGAACGACAGAGGAGGCGCAGAGGAGUGGAGGAGGAGGAGGAGAGGAGGCAGCUGAGUCUGGGGAGGAAGAGGGGGAGGAUUACGCAGACUCCAGCGACGAGUCCAGUGACGUGGAAGAUUACCCAGAUCACUACGGUUCUCUUGAUACACCCGACGUGUCAGUUAUGAGUGAUGCCAGGUACAGUCUGUCGUCUUCGUCAACGCUCCUCUGCUCUGCGGUGACCCCCACACAGCCGUCGUCCCCCACGCUCACACAGAGCUCCACUCCGCAGCGGUCCACACACACGCCGCCCAACACGCCACCCGAGACCCUGGAGAAGCGCUCGGUCCGGCGCUCAGAGGUCAUCCAGGAGUUCUGGACGAAGAGCUCGGAGAUCAGGAAACGCCUGGGCGCCACACCACGCGCACACACACAUGCCCCCACGCGUUCCAGACACACACACACACACGGUCACACGUCUAGCACUGACGGCUCAACGCCGGCCACCCAGGAGCACGUGGGGGAGAGGAAGUGUGUGUGUGAGGAAUGUGUGUGUGCAGAGGUGGCUCAGAGGCUUAGCGUCAUAGAGCAGAAUCUGCUGACCCCUCCCUGCAGUCCUGCCACACAUGCUAACUCCACCCAUGCUAACUCCACCCAUGCUAACUCCAACUCCAACUCCAACGCUAAUUCUGACCCCAACCUUUUUGACAGCUCUCAGCCUAAACUGGACACAGAAUUUGACCCGAGCCUUAUACCUGACCUUAGCGCUGAUCCUAACGUUGACCUUAAUAUUGACCCUGAGCCUGACCCGAUGCCGUGCUGCAAAGUGGACUUUGACCCAGGCAGCCGCUCCGUGCCGCUCGUGUGUGAGGUCCUUCUCAGUUCAUCUGCCCCUGUUCAGAUCGCGGCGGACGCUCACACACACACAUCUGCUGACCCUGACACACAGCUGGCCUCAGACGCUCAGGUGGAGUCGGCGAAGCGAGUUGGUCAGCGAGUUGCCAACGAGCCCUCCCCCCCAGCCCCUCCGGAGAUGAAGGAGAUGUCCACUCAGACCUCCUCGGCCACCGGCCGGCCAAAGUUAGCUGAGAACGGCUCAAGCGGCGGGCACGCCCACCCAGACACCACAAUGCAUGCUGGGAGGACCCUAGAGCCAAGGGUGGUGGUGGAGGCGGAGCAACGCAGACGCCUUGGAGUCUUCUCGCCGCGGAAACCACCUCCGACCGCACACACACUCCCCCCCCUGGACAGACCCAAACACAAGUCCCUGUGGAGGAGCGUGUUCUCUGGGUAUCGCAGGAAGAAGAAGGAGGCGGAGCCUGGGGGAGCAGUGGGCGGGGCCAGCCAGGAGGCCGGCAAGAGGAGCACAGAUCUGCGUUUCAAGAAGAACCAAACUUUCUCUGCUGAUUCUUCACUGUCAUGCAGUGAUGUGCUGGAAAGAUUACCCCUCAGAGCCCAGCUCAGUUUUGAACCAUCCGACAUCCAGAAAGACAUAAUAAAGGAGGAAGAGGAGGACGAGCAGAAUGGAGAUGAGAGACGCAGCGCUCGACCCCGGCGACCCGCGGGCCCCCAAACCCCGCCGGACUCCUCCUGCUCCACAGAGGUGGUGGGGGUGUGGGUAGUGCCACCCGACCCGUCCAGCCUGAGCGUGUCCACAGACAUCCUGCAGGAGCUGCAGCAGCAGAGGCAGCCGCUGUCCGACACGCCAUCGCUGGCCGACAGCAGUGACCCCAAGCACACGCGCAGGAUCCAGAAGGAGGCCCAACGACACGCCAAACAACAGGAGCUCAAGAGGCUGCACCGCGCACAGAUGAUCCAACGUCAGCUGGAGCAGGUGGAGGUGAAGCAGAGGCAGCUGGAGGAGAUGGGAGUGGCUGUGGAGAAAGCACUGAGAGGGGAAGCAGAUUACUGGGAGGACUCCAACUCCACUGCAGUGCUGGACAUGCAUCUGGGUGCCAUGGGAGCGCGAGAUGACCCCUCCCUGAUGCAGCAGUGGUUUAAAUUGGUGCAGGAGAAGAAUGCCCUGGUGCGCUAUGAAUCUGAGCUGAUGAUAUUUGCUCGAGAGCUGGAGUUGGAGGAUCGUCAGAGUCGACUCCAGCAGGAACUCAGGGAACGGAUGGCAGUAGAUGACCAUCUGAAGGGGGAGGAGGAGCUAGCGGAGGAGAGGAGCAUCCUGUGUGAGAUGCUGGAGGUGGUGGAGCAACGUGAUUGGCUCGUCUCCCUGCUGGAGGAGCAGCGCCUGAAGGAACAGGAAGAGGACCGAGACCUGGAGGCCACCAUCCUGUCCAAGGGCUUCAGCUUGCACUGGACCUGACACACACACACACACACACACACACACACACACACACCAUCCUGUCCAAGGGCUUCAGCUUGCACUGGACCUGACACACACAUGCACACACACACACACAAAUCUAACACACAUGCAUUGCGUACACACACAAACACACACAUACAGUUCUCACUACUUCUGACCUGAAGAAAGAGGAACAAAGUUAUUUCUUCUUGGACUCUGUGUGUGCAUUCAGACUGAUGGCCUCCGUACACCAAACAACGUUGACAAGAUUUGGGAAAGAUUCUUGAAAGAUUGUACUCUUUGAAUGGUAGUGUUUGAAUGGGGGGCAUUAGUUAAAAGACUACAAUCUUUCAAGAAUCUUUCCCAAAUCUUGUCAAAGUUGUCUAAGGUGGCCAUUAGCUGCUAUAGCUGCUAUGCUCCUUGUGGAGGAGAUGAUGCCUUGCUGCCAAAUAGUGCUCUCUCAGAGUGGAGGAGAUGAUGCCUUGCUGCCAAAUAGUGCUCUCUCAGUGCCGUCAGCUGUUCCCCUGUGCAUAAGGAAGACCCACAGAAUAUACUACAGAUUAUGCAAUUGAAAAUGGAUGUCUUAACUUUGUCCAAAUAUACAUGGUGUUAAUGGAGUAAAAUAUUUACAAGUGUACUAAUAAUCAUGAUUUAUUUUCCAAGCUAAUGAAAUAAUCAAAUUGAGGAGGAUUGACCUUUGCUGAAUUUGUCCUUAUAGGUUCUCAGACAUAUUGUGCUUGGCCAUACUCACAUGUAAGACAUCAUCCUCUAGGCAUAGGUAGAGCCUGUAAAGACAUUUGUCAUUAUGCUUAAUUGUGGCUACAUUGAGCAUUCACCCAUAGUGCAAGUAGCAAUACAUUGUGUGGUGAUGAAUAUGCUGAUGAAAUGUGACUCUAUACAGUUGUUUUACAAUGUACAUGUAAUAUUUUCCUCUAAUAAAUCCUUUGGAUUCUACCUUGA